AUGUCAUCACCGACCAUAUACGCGGAGCUUCUGACAAACAUCCGUCAGCUCUCUGUCGCAGUCACCCUCCCCUCGCCCGCCGACAGAAGCACACAAGGGGUCGUCGCCUCAGACGGCGCGACGCUGACCAUCGCACACGCGGGCUCCCAAACACACUUCUCCCUCCCGGGCAAAGUCGUCGCGCCAAGGAACGGCGUCCUCCCCUCGCCGCACCCAGGAUCUCUCAUCUUAUCAUGGCGUCUGCCUCUAUCCGAGACCUCGGCGCUCACGGCGCGCGGCCCGCUCGAUGAACCCGUGCCAUGGGCCGCGACAGACCUGCUCGCCGAGUCCGCAGUGAGGUGCAGAAGUUGCGAGGAGGUCGUCGUGUCUGAAGGGAAGGUGAGGGAGUGGAAGGACCUGCCGAGCGAGAACUGGGCCGAGAUGAUGGACUUCUGGCAUUGUCAUAAGCCGACGGACCAUGAGCACGGCGAGGAGCCCGAGCAUCUGGCGAAGCGCGGGUACGGUGCCAACUCGAGCAUUGCUGCGCAGAAUGGCGUAGGGUUGGUCGAUCUUACGUCUUUGCUAUUCACUGAGGCCGACUGCUCGGGACUGGUGUUUUCCUCCUCAUCCUUUGAAGCGGGAUCAGACACCAGCUCAGCAGUUCUGGCCGGCGAAGCUGAUCCACCGCCGAGGAUGCUCUAUGUCUUCGGCCGUGGCUGCAAGAAUCACAUCGGCUUCUUCAACGUUGCCAUCUCAUCUGUGAUGUUGUUCAAGUGGCAAGUGUCAUGUCGGACGGCUUCAAGUGGCGUCCCGCCGAGCAGCUCGGAUUGUCUCGCCGCCACGCUGAUCGCAACGAUGUCACGUUCGGGCUCGUCCAAGUCUGUGGUCGUGCCCACGUUUUCAUCGUCGCAGAGCACGGGCGACGGCGACGAGUCCAAGUCACCCUCGCUGUACCUGUGGAUCAUGAACGGAAACAUCACGUAUGCUUCUUCGCAGCGCGAGGGGAAAUGGCCGGCGAUCAAGUUGCUCUACAAGGAGAUCACCCAGCAAGAGGCAGAUUCCAUGCUGGAGACUUUGACUUCGGACGUCCAGGAGGUCAACCUUCCAACGGCGGAGAUUGCGAGGGCGACUGAGGUCCUGCGGGAUAGCAAUGGGCUUCUUCCGCAGAGUGAGAGGGUGUUCAAGGAGUUUAGCGUGGGCUUGCUGCGUAAAUGGCAGGCAGGCGAUGGGUCGUGA